UCUAUCCUACAAGGGCACUGGACCCACAGCGACGGCUAUCCCCCAAAAAACCUGCGACUGGGAAUUGAAGGGGAAGAAAGUUUGGAUUUCCUGUGUGUGAUCGAGGAGACAGACAAAUUUGUCCUCAGGCGAGAAAGCGUUUAGUAGACUUUCCAGGAGUUGAGGUGCUUCCUGUUUCUGCGGAGAUGCCCCCUAAACAGCCUCGUAAGCAGAGCCUCAGCAUGGGCAGAGGAACCAGGAAGAGAGAUGAAGAUUCAGGGACUGAAGUGGGAGAAGGGACAGAUGAAUGGUCCCAGUCCAAAGCCACAGUUAGACCUCCUGACCAGCUGGAGUUAACUGAUGCGGAGUUAAAGGAGGAGUUUACCCGGAUCCUGACAGCCAACAACCCACAUGCACCCCAGAAUAUUGUCAGGUACAGCUUCAAAGAAGGCACAUAUAAGCUUAUUGGCUUUGUGAACCAACUGGCAGUUCACUUUAGCCAGGUUGGGAACUUGAUCCCCAAAGAUUCGGAUGAAGGACGGCGGCAGAACUACCGUGCUGAGAUGGUGACAGGUUCACAGGAGUCCGCCAAGGUGGUGCUUUCAGACACAGAAAACCUUGAGGAAGAUGAAGAGCCCAAGGAAGCAGAAGCUGAAGCUGAAACUGGGAGCCAAACAGAUGUGCCUACAGUUGAAGCAGUUGAAACAGUGACUGAAGAAGAACUGAUAACUCCUAGGCAACCCAAGGAGCGAAAGCUCACUAACAAGUUUAACUUCAGUGAGAGAGCCUCACAGACCUUCAACAACCGUCUCCGGGAUCGAGAUUGCCAGAUGGAGCCUCCUCCCAGGACAAACUUUUCAGCCACAGCCAAUCAGUGGGAGAUUUAUGAUGCCUACAUGGAGGAGCUUGAGAAGCAGGAAAAGACCAAAGAGAAGGAGAAGACAAAAACCCCAGUGGCUAAAAAGACAGGGAAGAUGGCCAUGAGGAAGCUGACAUCUAUGGAAUCCCAGAGUGAUGAUAUCACCAAAGUGACCCAAGCAGCUAAAAUUGUAGAGCGGAUGGUCAAUCAGAAUACAUAUGAUGAUGUUGCUCAAGAUUUUAAGUACUAUGAGGAUGCUGCUGACGAAUACCGGGACCAGGAGGGUACACUGCUGCCGCUCUGGAAGUUCCAAAACGACAAAGCCAAGCACCUGGCCGUCACCGCCCUCUGCUGGAAUCCAAAGUACAAGGAUCUGUUUGCAGUGGGACAUGGCUCCUAUGACUUUAUGAAGCAGAGCAGGGGCAUGCUGCUGCUCUACAGCAUGAAGAAUCCCAGCUUCCCUGAAUACACCUUCAGCAGUGAGAGCGGCAUCAUGUGUCUUGACAUGCACGUGGACCAUCCCUAUCUAGUGGUGGUGGGCCACUAUGACGGUAAUGUGGCCAUUUACAACCUCAAGAAGCCCCAGUCCCAGCCUUCCUUCCGCAGCACAGCCAAGUCUGGCAAGCACACGGACCCUGUAUGGCAGGUCAGGUGGCAGAAGGACGACAUGGACCACAACCUUAACUUCUUCUCUGUGUCAUCUGAUGGCAGGAUCGUGUCUUGGACGCUUGUGAAGAGUGAGCUGGUUCACACAGAUGUCAUCAAGCUGAAGGUGGAGGGCAGCACUAUGGAAGUUCCUGAGGGGCUGCAGCUACACACAGUGGGCUGUGGUACCGCCUUUGACUUCCACAAAGAGAUUGACUACAUGUUCCUAGUGGGCACAGAGGAAGGAAAAUCUACAAGGCAGGAUGUUUCUCACUGUGGCAAGGGUGAUGUCUGCGGCAGUGAACCCAGAGCUCUGUCAUGCUCUAAAUCCUAUUCUAGUCAAUUCCUUGAUACCUAUGAUGCCCACAAUAUGGCAGUGGAUGCUGUGACCUGGAACCCAUACCACACCAAGGUCUUCAUGUCCUGCAGCUCUGACUGGACAGUGAAGAUCUGGGACCAUACCAUCAAGACCCCCAUGUUCAUCUAUGACCUGAACUCAGCUGUGGGUGAUGUGGCCUGGGCACCAUACUCUUCCACUGUGUUUGCAGCAGUCACUACAGAUGGGAAGGCCCAUGUGUUUGACUUGGCUGUCAACAAGUAUGAGGCCAUCUGCAACCAACCCGUGGUGGCCAAAAAGAAGAACAAGAUCACCCACGUGCAGUUCAACUCCAUCUACCCAAUCAUCAUCAUUGGUGAUGACCGUGGGCAUGUCACCUGCCUCAAGCUCUCACCCAACUUACGCAAGAUGCCAAAGGAAAAGAAGGGCCAGGAAGUGCAGAAGGCAGCUGUGGAGAUCGCAAAAUUGGACAAACUGCUGAACCUGGUGAGGGAAGUGAAAACCAAGAUCUAAGGGCCUAGUCUCAGUCCCUGACCCAUUCUUGAACCUAGUACUUGCAGUCCUUGGGUUGGGUACCAGGGUGCCCAUGUGACUCUACUCCUGAUUGGGUCUCAGUAUUUGCUAUUCUCAUUCUGCUUCUGAGGUCCCAGGAUUUGACCCUUAACCACCAUGACCCUCCUCUUACUGUGCAAAAAUAAAUCUGUCUGGAAGUUUAUCCCAUGCCUUUAAUUCUGCUACCACAGGGCCCUUAGGAAAAGAAGAAAAAUCUCAAAG